UUGAGUUGUUUUUAGUUAUCCAGGGUUUUCAGUGCAGUUUAUGAAUCAGUACCCACUGUAAUUGGCUUGAGUUCUUGCAAACCCCGAGAUGGGCUUUGAGUUCUUUCUGUUCAUGUAGCUGCUGCCUUCGCUUUCACAUAACUCUGCUGCUACUACUGGGUUCUGCUGUACUUUUUCUUCUUGCUGGAUCCAUUUCGAGCUUCUUCUUCUUCUUCUGUUGUACAGACGAGGGUUUUGUGAGCUGAGAGCUGGGAAAAUGGCGAGCGGCGGCGGCGGAUAUGGGGAUGCGAAUCAGAAGAUUGAUUAUGUGUUCAAAGUGGUGUUGAUCGGGGACUCUGCGGUGGGUAAAUCUCAGAUUCUGGCGAGGUUUGCCCGGAACGAGUUCAGCUUGGAUUCGAAGGCUACAAUCGGUGUGGAGUUCCAGACUAGAACGCUAGUUAUUCAGCAUAAGAAUGUUAAAGCUCAGAUCUGGGAUACUGCGGGCCAGGAAAGAUACAGAGCAGUUACAAGUGCAUAUUACCGAGGAGCUCUUGGGGCAAUGCUUGCGUACGAUAUUACCAAACGCCAGAGCUUUGAUCACAUACCUCGUUGGCUUGAGGAGUUGCGGAGCCAUGCUGACAAGAACAUUGUCAUCAUCUUAAUAGGAAACAAAAGUGAUCUUGAAGACCAGCGUGCAGUCUCCACCGACGACGCCAAGGAAUUCGCCGAGAAAGAAGGUUUGUUUUUCUUGGAGACCUCGGCUCUUGAAUCCACCAAUGUGGAGAGUGCCUUCAUGACUAUCUUAACUGAGAUCUUCAACAUCAUGAACAAAAAGAACCUUGCUGCUGGUGAGAAUCAAGGCAAUGGCAACUCUGCAUCCCUCGCCGGUGGUAAGAAGGUCAUUAUUCCGGGCCCGGCGCAAGAAAUCCCGGCGAAAAGCAAGAUCUGUUGUACUUCAACAUGAUUUGUUUGGAAGUAGGCUGCAAUCGGGGGAUCUAGGUGGGUUUUUUUUUUUUACUGGUGAUGGUUUUCUGCGGUCAUUUGUAUAUUUGAUUGUAUGCUUUAGUUUAUAUAUUUACUUGAAGGACGGCAAAUGAGGUUCUCAUAUAUUUGAUUUAAUUAGUUUUCUUGGUUUCUUGUUCAAGAGAAUUAUUAAUGUUGUAUUUUUUGGAUUAAACAUCCGAUAUUAUACGUAUAAAUAGAAUUAUGAAA